GGUAGGCUGAGAGGCGGCUGUUAAAGGGGCCGGGGCCCCGGUCCGGCGGGGACGCGGAGUCCCGGCAGGCAGGGGUCAGCUCAAAGACAAAGGAAUGGCGGACCGGCCCGGGACGCCCGGGGGCCACCGCCCCGCGGCACCAUCCCGUCCCGCCCGGCGGGCGGCCCUCGCGGCCCGUUACCAGCAUGUCUACAGAUGGCAGCUUCGGUACAGGCAGCAGCAGCGAUGCCCAGCAGAACCUCCAGUCCUUCUGGCCCCGCGUCAUGGAGGAGAUCCGCAACCUCACGGUGAAAGACUUCAGAGUUCAAGAGCUGCCCCUGGCGCGGAUUAAGAAGAUAAUGAAACUAGAUGAAGAUGUGAAGAUGAUUAGCGCCGAGGCUCCUGUGUUGUUCGCCAAAGCAGCUCAGAUAUUCAUAACAGAACUGACUUUGCGAGCCUGGAUCCACACAGAAGACAACAAGCGCAGGACUCUGCAGAGGAACGACAUUGCCAUGGCGAUUACGAAGUUCGAUCAGUUUGACUUUCUGAUUGAUAUCGUUCCCAGGGACGAGCUGAAGCCUCCCAAGCGGCAGGAAGAGGUGCGUCAGGCCGUGACCCCGGCCGAACCUGUGCAGUAUUAUUUCACGCUCGCUCAGCAGCCUGCAGCCGUGCAGGUCCAGGGGCAGCAGCAAGGCCAGCAGACCACGACAUCCACCACCACCAUCCAGCCGGGGCAGAUCAUCAUCGCGCAGCCGCAGCAGGGCCAGGUGGGAGAAGGCCAGCAGGUGCAGAUUGUGCAGGCCCAGCCGCAAGGACAGAGCCAGCAGGCGCAGAGCGGGACCGGGCAGACCAUGCAAGUGAUGCAGCAGAUCAUCACCAACACGGGGGAGAUCCAGCAGAUCCCGGUUCAGUUGAAUGCUGGCCAGCUGCAGUAUAUCCGCUUAGCCCAACCUGUGUCGGGCACCCAGGUAGUCCAGGGGCAGAUCCAGACGCUUGCAACCAAUGCUCAGCAGAUAACGCAGACUGAAGUCCAGCAAGGACAGCAGCAGUUCAGCCAGUUCACAGACGGGCAGCAGCUCUACCAGAUCCAGCAAGUGACCAUGCCUGCAGGCCAGGACAUCACGCAGCCCAUGUUCAUCCAGUCCACCAACCAGAGCUCGGACGGCCAAGCCACGCAGGUGACGGGGGACUGAGCAGGCGUCGCUGUGUGGGGAAGCAAACACGUGGCAGCCUGACGCUCAGCGAGCCCGCCCGCUCCGAUGAAUGCAUCUGCUUCUGCGUCCCUGUACUUGAUAGUAAGCCUAUAGUAGGCUGCAGUCUCUGGUGCACCACACGCCUUCCUCUGGUGGGUACGAGAGAACAUAUCCAGCAGACACUGACAAGAAAGCCAGAUUUUUAUUUUUGGAAGCCAAUAUUUCAGUGUAUUCAGCUGCUUGUUCACAGCCCCGUAGAAUUGAAGAGGUCGGACGGGAAGGAAUCGGUGGCAUCUCAUUGAACGGCGCGUGAAGCGAUUCCAUCCAGUGGAAUUGUUGGAGGGCGCUGCGUCCGGUUUGUUGCCAGAGCUUUGAUCUUGUGUUUUUCCCUGCAUAGAGCUAGGUUCAGCCCUGCCAUCUCAGUGGUCUGUUACGGGUU